GACGAACCGGACCUGAGUUUCUGGGCGCACUGCAGCGCUACCAGAACUUCGCCGCUGGGCUCUUCGCUCUCAUCCGAGAGAUGACAGAUGAACGACGCCGGAAGCUAGGAGUGAUAUUUUAACGUGUUCGUCUUUUGUGCGUCAAUCUUAGCUAGACCGCCAUUGCGGUUAGUCGUGUGUAAUAAAAAGUCUAAGUUUUAAUUUGUUACGGCGAGUCUUAUUAUUUGACCUAAUGGUCACGGCCACCUCGAGAACUUGUCGUAAAAGUGGCGACGAUAGUUCGUGUGCGCGAAGUUGUCCGGAUUUCGUCGGAAUUUAACCGGGAACAUCGCGUCACCCACGCGGAAAAAGCGGAAGCGGUCAAUGCUCGACGACGACAUGUCCGGGGUCGACGACAAUCAGCCUGCGCCGGUCCCUCCGAACGUGCAACAGCAGCAGCUGUUACAGCAGCAACAGCAGCAGCAGCAGCCGCUGCCGACGGACGUCGUCAUCGCGCAGAUUUUGCACCAGCUUCAACAGCAACAAGCCAUCACCAACCAGCUCCUCCAGAACAACCAUCUGGUCCAGGAGCAGCAAAGGAAUUUCAUGCAGCAGCAAGGCAACAUCCUCCGCAACAUCCAGGUGCACGUACCGCCGAACCCCGAAGCAGUCCUUGACUCGCUAGCGGGAAACGUCAAAGAGUUCCGGUACGACAGCGAGAACAACAUAACCUUCAACGCUUGGUUCUCACGCUACAAAGACCUGUUUGAUAAGGAUGCUGCAAGACUGGAUGAUCCGGCAAAAGUACGCUUGCUGAUGCGGAAACUCGGCACUGUGGAGCACGAACGCUAUUUGAGCUUCAUUCUGCCGCAAGCCGCCAGUUUCUACUCCUUCGAGCAAACCGUCGAGAAGCUCGGGAAGUUGUUUGGCACCACGGAAUCCACUAUCAGCAAACGGUUCCGCUGUCUGCAACUUGCCAAGGGAGCGACCGAGGAUUACGUAGCGUACGCCUGCCGAAUCAACAAGAACUGUGUGGAGUUCGAGCUGGGCAAGAUGUCGGAGGAGGAGUUUAAGUGUUUGAUGUUCGUGUGCGGUCUUAAGGACGAAGCGGACGGAGAAAUACGGACAAGGCUGCUAACUCGCAUCGAGGAGAAGACGGAUGUUACGCUCGAGCAGCUGUCGUCGGAGUGCCAACGCCUUUUGACGCUUCGUCACGACACUGCCAUGAUCGAGAAACCCGGAAGUUCGGUUCACGUCAUCCGUAAGCAGCAGCAGUUCCACAAGCCGUCCCAGGAACCUCGGCAGUGGGCCCAGAGGCAGGCGCCGCGCGAGUUCCGUCAACGUCAACAGCAUCCCGGAGGCAGGAAGACCCCGCACGGCGAGGGUGAAAAAGUUCCGCCUGGCCCGUGUUGGAACUGUGGUGCAAUGCACUACAAUCGGGAUUGCCAUUUCAAGUCCCAUCAGUGCUCGGAGUGCAGCCGCUACGGGCAUAAGGAGGGCUACUGCCGCACAGCGAAGAAAGGGAAAAGAAAAACAAAAACAAACAGUGUCACAGUGGAAACAAAAAUAGUGCAAGUGAACUCAAUAAAAGAAAGACGGAAAUUUGUGCCAGUGACAUUAAACGGCGUUUCCGUGAAGUUGCAGUUCGACACUGCGUCGGACAUUAGUGUUGUGUCCAGCGAGACCUGGAAGAGGCUCGGGAAACCACCCACAAGACCACCAAAAGUGAACGCUAAAUCUGCAUCUGGUGAUCCUCUCAAACUUGAGUCCGAGUUUGAUUGUUCGAUCACAGUGAACGGUGUGUCGGAAAUGGGUGUAGUGUUUGUGGUGAACCAGGACCUGCACAUCAUGGGACUGGACCUGAUCGAGAAGUUCCAGCUGGAUGCGGUCCCGAUGAACGUGUUCUGCCGCCAGGUCGGGGAAACGUCCUCCACUUCAAUCGUUGGUCGUCUCAAGACGGCGUAUCCUUCGGUGUUCAGCACGACACUGGGCCGCUGCACCAAGACACAAGUGAAGUUGGAGCUCAAGCCUGACCAGAAGCCAGUGUUCCGCCCAAAGCGUCCGGUCGCAUACGCCAUGUACAGCGCCGUGGACGAGGAGCUCGACCGCCUGGAGCGGUUAAACAUCAUCUCGCCUGUCGACUACUCGGAGUGGGCCGCUCCAAUCGUAGUCGUCCGCAAGGCGAACGGCACAAUCCGGAUCUGCGGGGACUAUUCUACCGGGCUGAACGCGGCUCUGCAGCCGAACCAGUACCCCCUUCCGCUGCCGCAGGACAUCUUCAUGAAGCUCUCCAGCUGCAAGUUUUUCAGCAUUAUCGACAUGUCAGACUCCUACCUACAAGUGGAGGUCGAUGAUGUUUCGAGCCUACUCCUGUCGAUCAACACUCACCGGGGCAUCUACAAGGUCAACCGUCUUGCGCCCGGAGUCAAACCCGCACCUGGGGCGUUCCAGCAAAUAGUGGAAACUAUGUUGGCUGGACUCAAGCAGACCUGCGGGUACAUCGACGACAUCGUAGUUGGCGGAGCGACAGAAGAAGAACACUGGCAUAACCUCAACGCACUUUUUCAACGCUUGGAAGACUUCGGAUUCACAGUCCGACUUGAAAAGUGCUCGUUCGGUCGCAAGCAGAUCAAGUAUUUGGGGCACCUGCUGGACCAGCAUGGUACACGUCCGGAUCCCGCGAAGAUCGAGUCCAUCAAGAUGAUGCCGGCUCCAACCGACGUGUCCGGAGUGCGCUCUUUCCUUGGGGCAAUAAAUUACUAUGGAAAGUUUGUCCCCAACAUGCGAGCGCUCCGCUACCCCCUGGACGAACUGCUGAAGGCGGGCGCCAAGUUCGAUUGGACGCCCGAUUGCGAACGUGCCUUCAACAAGUUCAAGGAGAUCCUCUCAUCCGACCUUCUGCUGACGCACUACAAUCCGGCCCUGGAGAUCAUCGUCUCAGCAGACGCGUCGUCGAUCGGCCUCGGAGCGACCAUCAGCCAUCGCUUCCCGGACGGGUCAGUCAAGGUCGUGCAGCACGCGUCGAGAGCACUAGCACCCGCCGAACGCAACUACAGCCAGAUCGAUCGAGAAGGACUUGCCAUCAUCUUUGCGAUCACCAAGUUCCAUCGCAUGGUGUUCGGCCGGCACUUCCGGCUGCAGACGGACCAUGCCCCGCUCUUGCGCAUCUUCGGGUCACCCAAAGGCAUUCCAGUGUACACCGCCAACCGGUUGCAGCGCUGGGCCCUAAUGCUGCUCAUGUACGACUUCACCAUCGAGUACGUGGCCACGGACAAGUUUGGACAUGCCGACAUCCUGUCUCGGCUGAUCAACCGCCACGUGAAACCCGACGAAGACUACGUGAUUGCAGCCGUCACACUCGAGGAUGACGUCCGAUCAGCAGCGUUCGAGUCGUUCGACGUUUUGCCCCUCAGCUUCAAGACGGUACGAGAUAGCACCCACACGGAUCCGGUCCUGAACAAGGUCUACCGGUACGUCCAAGAAGGCUGGCCCAAAGCACUGCCUGCCAGCGCCGACCGUGAGCUCAAGCGGUUCCACAACCAGAGCGAUUCGCUCACGACCCUGCAGGGGUGCAUUCUCUUCUGCGACCGUCUCGUGGUUCCCUCUCACCUGCGCAAGCGAUGUCUCGACCAACUCCACCAAGGCCACCCUGGAAUCGGCCGCAUGAAAGCUGUGGCCCGCAGCUACGUGUACUGGCCUUCGCUGGACGUCGAGAUUGCUGAUUACGUGCGAACGUGUCCACACUGUGCCGCUGCUUCCAAGGCACCGGCGCACGCCCCUCCGAUCCCCUGGCCGAAAUCAGCACGUCCGUGGCAGCGCGUCCAUGUCGACUACGCCGGGCCGAUCGAUGGUGAGUACUUUCUGCUGGUCAUCGACUCCUACACCAAGUGGCCAGAGAUUGUGCAGACACGCCGGAUCACAAGCAUCGCAACGAUUGCCAUCCUGCGAAGCUUGUUCGCACGUCUGGGGAUGCCGGAAAAGCUGGUAUCGGAUAACGGAACCCAGUUCACCAGCGCCGAGUUCGCGCAGUUCUGCGCCGAAAACGGGAUCGACCACGUCACCACUGCCCCGUUUCACCCCCAGUCUAACGGUCAGGCAGAACGUUUUGUCGAUACGUUCAAGCGCGCGGUGAAAAAGAUUCGAGAGGGGAGAGGAAAAAUGGACGCUGCACUGGACACUUUUCUGCUGACUUACCGAAGUACUCCAAACCAAUCAGCACCGGAUGGCCUCUCGCCAUCUGAAGUGAUGUUCGGUCGACGUGUCAGGACUUGUCUGGAACUACUUCGUCCUCCGCCGAGCAAACCACCUGAACCAGUCCAGCUGCCAGAAGUUAAGACACGGUCCCUCAACCGAGGCGACGCCGUGUUUGUGAAGGUCUACGCCAAGAACACCUGGAGUUGGCUUCCGGGUGUAGUCAUCGAGAAAGUCGGUCGAGUGAUGUACAACGUGUUGGGCGACGGAGACCGUCUUGUGCGGUCGCACAUCAACCAGAUCAAGAACCGAGCGACUUCGAGCCCUGGCCAAGCACCUGGAACGAGCCAGCCGGCUAAGCAGAAACAACUACCGAUGGACGUUCUGCUCGACGCUUGGGACCUGGUCACAACCGCCAACGCGUCGCCGCCGCCUACAGCGUCCCCGAACCAAACGACGCUGAGCGAGGAUUUCCACGGUUUUGACUUCCCGUCGUUGUCGCCGUCCCUUCCUGAGGUUCGCUCCAGCCCGGACUUGUCUCCGGCCUCGACGUCCUCGUCCUCAUCCUCGACGUCAACCUCAUCUUCCAGCUUCGAGUCUGCAGUAGCGAGUACUCCAACUGCACAGCCACCUGUGCAGCAGCCACGGCGUUCUUCGCGGGUACGAAAACCUCCUGUGCGCUUCAACCCGUACCUUCGCUACUAGGGGGAGAUGUUGUGACGAACCGGACCUGAGUUUCUGGGCGCACUGCAGCGCUACCAGAACUUCGCCGCUGGGCUCUUCGCUCUCAUCCGAGAGAUGACAGAUGAACGACGCCGGAAGCUAGGAGUGAUAAUUUUUAACGUGUUCGUCUUUUGUGCGUCAAUCUUAGCUAGACCGCCAUUGCGGUUAGUCGUGUGUAAUAAAAAGUCUAAGUUUUAAUUUGUUACGGCGAGUCUUAUUAUUUGACCUAAUGGUCACGGCCACCUCGAGAA